AGGAGUGGGCCGUGCUUCAGGACCUCUACCCUGGAGGCAUCUAGGUCAAAGUCCGAGAUGGUGGUAGUCAUAUUCUUCCUCAGGAUUCGGAUUUUCACUGCUGCAGGGGUUGGAAAAAGAGCUGUUAGUUCUGUUUACUUUUCAUAGCUCUUACCUACCUAAACACACAGCCAGGACAAGGCUUUCUUGCUGUUUCUGUGACACAUCCAUCCAAGCUCCAGUAAUUGCAGUGAACUUGUCUAAGUUCUCAUUUGAAGUUACUUUCCAGUACUGAGCACCGUUCUCACUCCACUCUUCUCAUGAGUGGCAAAGGCUUCAUGGGCAGAAACACUGUAGAAGUAGGGGCACAAGCAAGUGGAUGCAUCAAAGCCCUUGUCUCGUGCAAAUUACUUUUCUCUGAGCUGCUCAGGAUUUUUAAUUUUGGGUUUUUUUGCCAUGAAGGUUGUGUGCCUGAAAUCAAGAAAGUAUCUUGAAAACUUCCUGCCAGCUGACUGAGCAGAGCUGUUGAUGCCAUCUGCGAGGGCUAGGAAAGGGAAAGUCGUGUUGCUAGAAUAACCGUCUUGAAGUUCAAAAUAACUAAUGUGGAGUUUGCUAAAGGUUUUCAUGGGCUGCAGUUGAAAUCUCCGUCUCCAAGGGAAAACCAGAGUAGUGAUUGUGUUUGGCAGCCGCAAUACAAAACCAAAUCACAGCCCACAGAAAUAAAGCAGGUCUUCACAUUCGAUGCUGCCUGGAGCUGAGCCCUCCUGCUGCCUAACAGCUUCUGUUGCUGCUCACGCUUUUGCUGCAGAAAUUCCUGACUUCCUGACGGAGGAGGAAUGCAAGCUCAUCAUCCAUCUGGCACAGCUGAAGGGGCUGCAGAAGAGCCAGAUCCUACCAACAGAUGACUAUGAGGAAGCCAUGGAAAUGAUAGAAAUCAGCCAGAUGGACAUUUUCAACCUGCUGGACCAGAACCAGGAUGGGCAGCUACAGCUCAAAGAGGUAUUGACCCAUACCCGGCUUGGGAACGGCAGGUGGAUGACCCCCGAAAACAUCCGGGAGAUGUACACUGCAGUCAAGGCCGAUCCUGAUGGGAAUGGUGUGCUGAGUUUGGAGGAGUUCAAACAACUGAAUAUCCGUGAUUUCCACAAGUACAUGGGAAGCCAAAAAGUGAAGAUGAGUGACUUGGUGCGCAACAGCCAGCACACCUGGCUGUACCAGGGCGAGGGGGCACACCAGGUCAUGCGAGCCAUACGGCAGAGGGUAAUGCGCCUGACUCGCUUGCCCCCCGAGAUUGUGGAGCACAGCGAGCCCCUCCAGGUGGUGCGCUAUGACCAAGGAGGACACUACCAUGCCCACAUGGACAGUGGCCCCGUCUUCCCCGAGACUGCCUGCAGCCACACCAAGCUGGUCGCCAAUGAAAGCGCUCCCUUUGAAACCUCGUGCCGGUAUGCGACAGUGCUGUUCUACCUGAACAAUGUGACUGGGGGAGGCGAAACAGUCUUUCCUAUAGCCGAUAACAGGACGUAUGAAGAGAUGUCUUUAAUCCAGAAUGACGUUGAUCUGCGAGAUACUCGGAAAAACUGUGACAAGGGCAAUUUGAGAGUGAAACCUCAGCAAGGCACUGCUGUCUUCUGGUACAACUACCUGUCAGACGGAGAAGGCUGGGUGGGGGAGCUGGAUGACUUCGCACUGCACGGGGGCUGCCUGGUCACCCAAGGCACCAAGUGGAUCGCCAACAACUGGAUCAACGUCGACCCCAACCGGGGGCGGCAGCUGCAGUUCCAGCAGGAGAUGGAGCGUUAUGUGGGGUCCGGGGCUGGGCCCGGGGCGCCGGGCGAGUGGACAGUGGAUAAAGCCUACAGCGGGGUGCACCUCGAGCUCUAAGGGGGGCAGAAGGGGAGCCCGGUCGCGCGCACGUGGCCUUUUCCCGCGCUGGGCGAGGGGGCGGGGCCGCGGGCCACGUGCGCGGCGGGGCCGCGGCGCGCGCCAAUAAAGCGUGGAGA